GUCAUUCUAUGUGUGGAGCCCUUAAAACAUGAACGUAAACAUCUACUAUCACAUAUAACAUAUAUAAAAAUCUGAUUUUAUAUAUUUCAUUUGUGUAUUUUAAAGAAUUUAGACGGUAUUGAUAAAAGACAAAAUGCCUUUGCCAGCUGCGUUAGCUGCUCGUCUUGCAAAAAGAGGAUUAAUAUCUGGCUCUGAGAAACAUGAAUCUGGAAAGAAGGAGGCAAAGAAAAAAGUACAUGAAGAAGUAAUAGCUGAGGAUUAUGAUAAUACUAAGGAAGAAAUUAAUCAAAUUGAUUUAUCUCAAAAAUUCAUGGGUUAUAGUGGAUGUCCCAAUAAAUAUAAUAUUUAUCACGAGUGUACAAAGAAAUGUAAGGAAUUAUGGGGACUAGGACAUGUACAACCUUCAGACAAAUAUUUAAAACGACAAAUGAAGUUAAUCCAGAAACAUCCUUUACCAGAAACAUGGAAAGCUGUUUAUGAUCCUGGAUCAGGACAACAUUAUUAUUGGGAUUGGUCAUCUGACUUAGUAUCUUGGUUACCACCAGGUCAUCCUAAGUGCCAAAUAUCACAACCUGCAUCUCAAUUACGAGAAGAACUGCAUUUGAAAGCAGGAGAUCAAGAUGACAACAUGUCAAGUGAUGAUAGUGGCAGUGAUCAAGAAGCAAUGGAAGUAGAUGAAAUUGAUAUUAAGAAAGAUAGAAAAGUUGAAAAUCGUACAAGGUACAAAGGACCAGAUAAUAAAAGAUCUCAGAGGUCUGAUAGAACAGAUAGUAAAGACAAAAAAGAUCGAACAUUAGAUCCUAUGGAUCCAGCAUCAUACAGUGAUAUCCCAAGAGGAAAAUGGUCAGAUGGAUUGGCUAGACAUAAUGAAGCAAAGACUGGUGCAGAUACAACUGCUUCAGGACCUCUUUAUCAAAUGAGACCAUAUCCUAGUCCGGGCGCAGUACUUCGCUCAAACAGAGCUAAUAAAACGGAAUCAGAAUCAUCAAGUAAACCAAAAGUUGCAUUUCCAGAGAAACCAGAAUAAAUAUGUUAAUAAUAAUUAUUAUUAUUAUUAAAAUUAAAUUCCUGUGUAUUUUUUCCACAUUGGAAUUACAUUGCUCAAAAGAAUUAUGGCGUAGAUAAUUUAUUGCCGAAAAUUGGCUAACUUUGACUGGCGAAUACUUCGCGAAAUAUUAUUGUAGACUAAUGAUUUUUUUUCAAAAUGAAGCUUGAAGUCUCUACUUUAAGAAUGUAUCUCUAUUUUUUGCAUGCGAUGCACUCCUACUCCUAUAAUCCCUGACAUCUGAGGGCAUGUUUGGUAUACUGAAAAUUGCAAAGUUUGACGGAAUGCACGGACGUGGACAAUUUUUUUUCGGGGAUGCCAUUUGCAUCGUCAUAAAGUUCAAAUCUUCCCCUUCAAUUUGAAAAAAAAUGGAGCGCUACAAUUUUUUGUCGCAAAAUUACAGCCCUUCAAAAAUAUCGUACGGAACCGUGGAGAAAACGAAGAGAGUUUGUUUGCCGAUGCUAGGAAUGUUGGCUGUGG